AUGGGAUCUUACAAGCAUUUAAUUCAUGAAACCUUUAGUGUCAUCACCGAAUUCAUUCAGGAGGUUGAAGGGAGAGACCUUAUUGAAUGUAACAGCAUAGCAUAUCACAUCAAAGAUAAUAACCAGCUUUGUAACGUCAACACCUACAGUUUCAUUGUAGAACAUUUGAUCUUAAAGUUAAAGGAAAUUGUUGACAACCUAAAGAAUGAAGUGCAACAUGGAUCUCCCUCUGCCCAACAGAUACUGCCUGGGUCUGAAGUCACAACAGACAACGACAGCUCGGAAGAAUCAGUGGAGAACCCAGGCAGUGGCGAGGAGAGCCUGGCUGGCCGGAAAGGUCCCUCCAGCCCAACCUUCGACAUCCCCCCAGAGAGCAAGCCCACAGUUGGGAAGAGCACCCUCCCGACCAUGGCACCUUUGCCUGAGGUUAUGGCCAUGGCAGCAACCAGUGGCAUGACAUCUACUGUACCUCCUACCAGCUUGAUGCCAGGGAUGAUUGGGCCCACGUCCACCUAUGUCAACACCUUCACAUCAACUACCAUCACUGGCGGAGGGAUGCCUGAGGUGGCGGCGAUGCAGGCUGUUUCUUUGGACGUGGAGCCCUCACUCUGCCAAAGGGAGUACGGGGCUCCAGCGCACCUGGCCAAGUGCAGAAAGUGUGGUGCUGAAUUCACAAUAGAUAGUGACUCCUUAGCCAAUCUUCCAAAUGGUGCCGUGCCAAAUUCUUGUUCGCAGUGUUGCAGCAUUGCAGAUUCAGUCUCGAGAAGAAGAAGGAAAGCUGUAGAUAAUGAAGGGGUACCAGUUUCAAGUACCACAGCCACUGCCGAAAGUAAAGCAAGCGAGGCACUUCCCAAGAAACACAACUGCGACAAAUGUGGCCGAGUAUUUUCAAAAUGGAAACAUCUGUCUAUACACUAUACAAAGGUACAUCUUGAUGAAGAUGGCAUAGAAGCACCUGGAAUAGAUGCAGGGAAUCCUGAAGUACUUAGUAACAACACACUGCCUCUUUACUGCUGCAAGACAUGCAAUCUAGCCUGCCUUUCCAUCCAGCGGUUCAACACCCACAACUGCAGGCUGCCCACUGAUGACGACAAUACCAUUUCUGCACUCUCAAAUAGAAUUCUGAUCACAAAUGUGCUGAAGCUCCAUAAGCUGCGCAAGUUUGUAUGCGAGACGUGUGGCGUGGAGUACCGCACCUUUAAAAGGAUCACAUACCACCUUCCCCGUUGCUCGCCUGGGCCUUACCCUUGCAAUGUGUGCUCAACACUAUUCUCUACGCAGAAGGAUCUCAACUAUCAUAAGAAGAAAAUGCACAAAGAUGAGAAAUGCUUUGUGUGUGACGAGUGUGGCAAAUCAUUCCAAAGACGGACCUCUCUGCAGAAGCACUCAAUCAACUGGCAUGAGUCAAGCAGUGCAGUGGGUCCCUUUAAGUGUGAAUUGUGUCCCAAGAAGUUCAUACGUAGAAUUUAUCUAACAAACCAUAAGCUUAGGAUGCACGGACUGGACAAGAAGUUUCUCUGUCAGGUCUGUGGCAACAAAUUCAUGACACAGAAUUCCCUCAUGGCACAUAUGGAAGUACACAGUGACCUGAAGAGAUUUGAAUGUACUUUCUGCAAGAAAAAAUUCAAACGCAAAGAGAAAUUGAAGUACCACGAGAGAAUACAUACAGGAGAGCGCCCAUUCCAAUGCCAGAUGUGUAACCGUGGAUUUGUGAGUAAAACCAAGCUGGAUGAACACAUGAGCCGUCACCGCGGAGACAGAAGGUACCGCUGUUCAUACUGCACCAAGUCUUAUGCUGGGGCUUGGGACUUGAAACAACAUGUCAGGAAGGUUCAUGACAAACAGUGUGACAAAGUGGCAGUCACAAUGGUAGCACCUAAUCAAAAUGCCAGUGGCAAUGCAGCUGUUACUCAGGUCCAAGUCCUGGAUCCCCUUGCCAUUGCAACAGCUGCAUCUGGCCUGAAAGAGGAAGAAGGGGUGACCUGUGGAAACAGCUUGGCAUUGUCCCACACACAGCCUACAACCAGUUCAUCCACUGCCAUGGAAGAGGUUGGAAAUGGCAUGAUUGGAGGCCCACAGUACAUUACUGUUGGCAGCCAGCAAGCAGUCACAAUACCUGUGGUUGGGGGCAUGCAGGGACACAUGCCUCCAAUCGGUCAUGUGGUGCAGGUGUCUGGUUCAACCGUACCUCUCACAAGUGUUGGCACAGCCCUUGCUGCAGGUGGAACGUCAGUACAGGCUGUGCAGACUGUACAGGCUGUGCAAGCAGUACAAGCUAUUCCUGGUGUGACCACAGCUGAAUACUCUGUUCAAACCUUGCCUCCACAGGCAGUCCAUGCAGCACAGGGGUACAUAUUUGCACAAGGUUUUGAUAUGGUCAGCAGUGGCAUUCAGUAUUGAUGAACCAAUGUAUGUGAGACAUUUUUAUUUCUCUUUUUUCUGUGAUCAUGUGGUUACUGUUUGAUGUUUAAAGUAAAACAAGAAUCCAUAUUAAUGUAGAUGAAAAUGAACAAUAAAUUUUGUAAGAUA